ACCCAGAAUGAGACCCUGCAGGUGUGUCAUGCUCUGGGGGGUUCUCUCUGUCCUCCUGCUGGCUGUGGACUCUCAGGUGUCUCCUCACCAGCAGCAGCCUCCUCCGGUCAUCGGAGGAGCGUCUCGUAUUUCUCCUCAGGGUCGGCUGGACAGAGACAUGGUGCAGGACAAAGACCACAUCAUGGAGCACCUGGAGGGGGUCAUAGACAAACCGGAGAGGGACAUGUCCCCCCAGGAGCUUCAGCUGCAUUACUUCAAGAUGCACGACUACGAUGGCAACAACCUGCUGGACGGCCUGGAGUUAGCCACGGCCAUCACACACGUCCACCGAGAGGAGAGAGGAGAAGGCAGCCAGCCAAUGAAAGAGGAGGAYCUGAUCGCGCUAAUCGAUGACGUUCUGAAGGACGACGACAAAAACAACGACGGCUACAUCGACUACGCAGAGUUCGCCAAAUCUCUGGAGUAGAGCGUGUCCUCGUCUGUCCUCGUCUGUCCUCGUCCAGAAGAUGUGAAGACAAGUCAAAGACAGCAAGUGCCACAGCUGAGCGAUGUGGAGCUAAACUAUAUUUCAGGAAACAGUUUAUACUCUGUCUCUGGCUGUCGGUGUUUUUACAAACCUGAUAAUUUCAUUCAGAAUGACUGAAAAUAAUUUCCUCAAAUUUCAAAAAACUAAAAACAUUUUAAAGAUUUU